GCGGAAGCUAUAGUACCGUUGAUCGAAUCACUGAUUGCGAGUUCAAAUGACAGGAAUUGUCAAUCAACACCCUUGCAGGCUCUGGAGACAUUGUUACCGUUUGUGGAAGAAGGCUACGACGUCAGAGUGGGUUUACAAUGUCUGCAGCCUUUCAUGGCACUACACAGCGUCCGGAACCUCUAUGCCGUGAGCUGUGUGGCUGUCGAAGACGACUGGGAUGGUAUAAUAUUCCAGUGGCCUGAGUCGAGCCCUAGAUCACGGUUGACAAGAAUCGAACUUGCGUGUUGUUGCAUAGACGCCCAUGGUUUGUCGAAUCUAUUGGCCAACACACCGGAACUAACGACUUUCAAAUACUCCCACCAGACAAAAUGGGACGGGCUCGAAUAUGACUGGAAUCCAGGCGAGUUUGCAGAAGCCAUCGCCAACUACUGCGGUGAACGCUUGACUGAACUUGCCAUUACUAUAGACGAGCUUCACGGAGACAUCGUCAACGGCUUGUCUUCGUUUAUGCGUUUCACAGAAUUACAGACGUUGGAAGUAGAUGUAAAGACAUUCUGCGGGCCUCCGUUGGAAAGUGGACAGCGACUUGGCCGCAAUUAUAAAGUUCCUCCAGGCGCGAGGCCUUGGACAUAUGUCGAAAUCCCGUGUCUGGGAGACAUGCUACCCGAGAGCAUCCGAGAACUUCACCUCAAUACCGAUUUCCCCGAACCUUCAGAGCAGGCACUUAUGGCUCUGUGCAAGAACCUCAAACCUCGACGGCACGACAAGUUGAAAAAGCUAGAAAAGACAAUCAUCCGCCAUUACAGGUCAUCCACGGCAAAGGGGGUUGCUGAGGAUAAUGGCUUAACCCUGGAGCCUUUCGAUACGGCCACUUAUGAGCCGAGACCAAGGCCGAUGAUGCCGCUUUGGAAACGACAAUUCGACAGCCGUGUAGGAGGAAUAGUAACUUCAGGAGAGGUUUGAGACGUCAAUAAGCCCCUUUUGCCAAUUUGCGUCGCC